AGUCUAAUCCCCAAACCUUGAUAUGAUAGCAUACAAUGGAGCAUCUCAACCAACACCCAGACAAAUAUGAGCUAGAUAUUGACUCCCCCAUCGACUCUCGCAGCGAUGAAUCCGACGACACAAUUGAACAAAUCAACUCUCUCGAGCUUACCCGUAUCAAUACCUAUCGACUGCAACAGAAAACAACAGUAGGCUCUACGAGAGGGCCUACUCCCCGUGACAGAUGGCUUCCUAUGGGUGCCAACAAAGAGUAUCCGCCUCUACUCCCGGAUUCUGAAGACUAUGUCGUGGAGUUUGAUGGAGCCAAUGAUCCCUUACAUCCAUACAACUGGUCUACACCUAGGCGAAUAAUGCUAGUUUGCAUCCUAUGUUAUGGUACCUUCGCCGGAUCGUUUACCAGCGCUGUCUUCUCGGCAGCUAUCUCUGGCUUCAGCAAGGAGUUCAACACAAGCACCGAAAUUGGCUCACUUGGAGUGACACUCUAUGUUCUUGGAUUCGCAGCCGGGCCAACCAUCUGGGCGCCAGGAUCAGAGCUGAUUGGCAGGCGUUGGCCACUAUCUCUCGGACUUUUCGGAUGUGCCAUCUUCACCGUUGCAUGUGCAGUUGCCAAAGAUAUACAGACCAUCAUGAUCUGUCGUUUCUUUGCUGGCCUCUUCUCGGCUAGUCCUAUUUCAGUUGUUCCCGCUGUGUUUGCAGACUUGUUCAAUAAUACACAACGGGGUGUCGUCAUGUCAAUUUUCUGUAUGGCGGUGUUCAUCGGGCCCUUUUCGGCACCGUUUGUGGGUGGCUUCAUUGCAAUGAGCUCUCUGGGUUGGCGGUGGAUCAUGUAUAUCUCUGCAAUCAUGGUGUUUCUGGGGUUUGUUCUCGUCUUUGUCUUCCUUGAGGAGACUUAUGCUCCAGUCAUCCUGGUCCGCAAGGCAGCUACCCUACGCCGACAAACUCGCAAUUGGGGCAUCCACGCAAAGCAAGAUGAAGUGGAAGUGGAUUUGACAGAGCUUCUGCGGAACAACUUUGCCCGACCCGUUGUGAUGUUGGUGACAGAGCCCAUACUGCUUUUUGUCUCAUUGUAUAUCUCCUUCGUCUAUGGUCUCAUCUAUGCUCUGUUAGGUGCAUACCCUGUUGUGUUCGAAGGCGUCUACGGAAUGAGUAUGGGUGUCGGUGGACUCGCGUUUAUCGGCCUCAUUAUCGGCGAACUUCUUGGUGGCAUUUAUAUCCUCUUGAUACAGGGUUCAUACAAGGCGAAGCUGGCGGCAAAUGGUGAUAAGCCUAUCCCUGAAUGGCGCCUUGGACCAGCGAUUAUAGGAGCUGUAUUCUUUGCGGGGGGAAUGUUUUGGUUCGGCUGGACCGGAUACACUUCAUCCAUUCACUGGAUGGCUCCUGUAGCUUCAGGGCUCCUCACCGGCGCGGGGAUCUUUUUGAUCUUCUUGCAGUGUUUCAAUUAUAUCGUUGACUGCUAUCCUUCCUUGGCUGCAUCCACUAUCGCCGCGAACACCAUCUUACGAUCGGCUAUUGGCUGCUCGUUCCCGCUUUUCUCCCGGCAAAUGAUGGAGAACCUCGGAGUCCAAUGGGCGGGCACAAUGCUUGGAUGUAUCGCAAUCGUGAUGAUUCCUAUUCCUGUUCUGUUCAAGUCUCGUCUGCCAACACAAUCCCGCUUUAUGAUGGAAUACCCUACCAAUAAACAAAUAAUUUUCGGCCCUGAUUGGGACAUCAGUCGCUGGACCGCCUCUGACGACCGCGUCCGUGGUGGAUCGUCCGUGUCAAAUCUCGAGCCGACAGCGGAAGGGGUACUUUUUCACGGCAAUCUCGACAUUGAGACACUUGGUGGUGCCGGUUUUGCCUCACAACGCACGGUCGGAAACGAACAAGUCUGGGACCUCACCGGACACGACGGUUUUGAGCUGCAUAUUGUUCCGUUAGACGGAAAUCGAUAUACUUUCUCACUCACAGACGAAAUCCCACAACGGAGGCCAGAUGGUCGUGAACAAAGUGCUCUUGUCUGGGAAUACGAUUUUUGCGCUAGUGAGACAGGGCGCGUAGUGCGCCUGUCAUGGAAGGAUCUGAAGCCGACAUAUCGGGGGAAGCCUGUAGAAGAUGCCAGGCUAUUGGACUUGUCGCACAUAAGGAGGUUUCGGAUCAUGAUUCGGAGUUUCUUUGGGGCACAACAAGGCAAUUUUAGCUUAAACAUUCAAUCCAUGGGAGUAUUCCGCGAGAGCUACCCUGAUAAUCCUACUGUCACGAAGGAGUUCAUUGGCCGUGGCGACGAGCAAACGGAACUGAAAGAAACUCGAGAGAAGAAAAGCUGGCUCCCGAAUUGUUGCCCAUCCUGA